AGAAUACCGAAGGCAUUUGUCACAGAAUAUUUUAAGCAGAAGUAAUCAUGCUUAAAGUUCCAGAUAAAUGGCCUUGCAACCUACGAACCAAACUCGAGCAAGAUCUCGUAUGGAUGGGCAACAUUUCUCAGGGAAAAUGCUUUGCAAGUAGGGGAUGUUUGUGUCUUGGAGUUGAUUGACACACUAGUUGCCGUCUUGAAGGUUUCGAUUUUCAGAUGCAAUGUUUAAUGUAUUGAUGGCUUAGCAAUAGCCUCAUUGGAAGCACCAGGGACUUUGCAGCAGUAAUUAGGUAGGUUUCUGAAGAUGGUAUGUCGAUGAUGCGCCGUCUUUGCAUAGUUAGCUAAACUGACUUUUUAUCGUGGUUUGUAAAUCAACUUCAGGUGUAUUAGUUUCUCUUGACCAGACAAUUGGUACGGUAAAAUAAAUCUCUCUUAUAUCUGCAUUGCAUUGGGAGACUUAUAUGAUUCAAGCCUAGAUCACUACCAUGAAAGCUUAUUCAUGAUUCAGCAUUUUUUGGGUUUUCCAUUGAAAUGUUGAAAUGAUGAAAGCUAUCAUUUUUUUUUGGAAGAUUGUGUUUGUUGUCAGUACUUUAAAAAUUUCUUGCAUAACCAAAUGGCAACAUGAAUCUCAUUGAGGACAUUAAUUGUUAGCUUAACGGGGUGAGGACUCCCUUUGAAUGUUCUCCACCUUUCUUUCUUUAUCAGCCAGUUUCUCAAUGGUGUCAUUUGCCGCUUGCAAUUCAAUCAAUAAAGGCUGGGACGAAAAUGUUCACUUCAACCCAACCGUUUCAUUCAAAAUUUCAAAUCCUUGUUUCUCGAAGAAGCGAUUUUACUAUCUUCAUUUUAUUUCCAAGGCGGUUAUAUCCUUUAUGGGUAUUUUACAGCAUUUGAUUUCAAGGGGGACAAUUCUCUGUCAGCAGGAGACAAUUGUUUGUUUGACAUUAAUUCCUAGUAUAUUGUCUUCAUUAAUGUGUUUCCUUUCAACUGACAUUCAUUUAAUUCUCAUUUUCUCUAUUGAUCCAUUGUUAGGCAACAACUUUUUAAUUGCUAGUAUGCACUUGGUGUUAUUACAUCUGCUUUCAUCUGAUCAGGGUUCUCACAAAGAGCAUAUUCAAGAGGCUCUUCUGGAGCUGCUAAGCCAUGGGUUCUACCAGCACAAGAGGUGGUGGUGAUGAUGAUAGCCAUGGCCAUAAGCCCCAUUUCUUCAAGAUAAUCCUUGACGAAACCAUUCGAGAAGGAAAACUUAUACCAAGAAAGUUUGUGAGAAAAUAUGGCGAUAGCCUACCAAACUCAGUGCUCCUUACUGUCCCAGGUGGUGUAGAUUGGCAUGUAGAAUUGUCUAAACGUGAUGACCAUGUUUGGUUUGAGAAUGGAUGGGAAAAAUUCGCUGAUUAUUAUUCUCUAGAGUAUGGGCACUUCUUGGUAUUCGAAUACCAAGGAAAUAGGAAAUUCAAUGUACUUAUAUUCGACAAGAGUGCCAUCGAGAUCUACUACCUUGAGGAGCCUAAACAUGUUGGAGAACCACCUAAAGAGCCCAAAAUUGAAAGAAAUGCUAAUGAUGUCUCCAUAAACCGUAGAGCGAGAGCACGAUCACCAGUGCCAGGUCCUCGUUCUCAAAAGAGGAAAACCGUGCAACAAUUUGAUGUUGGAGAAACUUCUACUGGUCUGAAAAGUAAAGGGGGAGCUGAUGAGAGAAAAUGGGUACCGAGAUCUCAGAAAAUUACCAAAGCUGUCCAGAGAGCUAAUGGUUUCAAAUCUGAAAAUCCUUAUUUUAAGAUCUUCAUUCAACCAAGUUAUGUUGGUGGUCAGUCUGAUAUGAGUUUACCAAAGACGUUUGUAAGCAAAUAUAUGAAGCAGCAGUCAUUGGACACGAUGCUUACAGUUGAAGAUAAAUCAUGGCCUGUUAGACUUGCUAGCUACAAAUCAAACUCAGGCAAGAUUGGACUUGGAGGCAGAUCAUUCGUCAAAGAAAAUGCUUUGCAAAUAGGGGAUGUUUGUGUCUUCGAGCUGAUUAACACCGAAGUUUCUGCUCUGAAGGUCACGAUUUUCCGUAGCUCUGGCUGAUGAAGUGAUGUUGUCAUUAGAAGCAGCAGGGCCUCUAUAGUAGUUAGGUCAGUAUGUAUGUGAAUAUAUUUGUGAAAAAGCUUCAUCAUCCUUCAAUCCUUGAAUGGAUUAGUAUGUCCAUUUGGUAGGCUUUUUAUCUAGGACGCUUGUGUUUGAUUAGGCAGAUCAACUUUUAUCUUUUGUCUCUAAACCAAAGUCAGGUGUUGGUUUGGUU